GUACAUCACCUUCUUCAUUUCUCAGUUCUUCACCAGUCACUAGUCACUAGUCACUAGUCACUACUGAAAAACUUUACAGAGAGAAAAAGAUCGAGAAAAAAUGGCGAUAGCACUUAACAAUGGAUUCAAAAUGCCGAUAAUUGGACUUGGUGUUUGGAGAAUGGAGAAGAAGGAUAUUAAAGAUCUCAUUCUCAACGCCAUUCAAAUUGGUUAUCGCCACUUUGAUUGCGCUGCUGAUUACCAAAAUGAAGCUGAAGUUGGUGAGGCACUUGCUGAAGCAUUCCAGACGGGGCUUGUUAAGAGGGAGGAUCUUUUCAUAACCACUAAGCUGUGGAAUUCAGAUCAUGGACAUGUACAUGAAGCCUGCAAAGACAGUUUAAAAAAACUCCGACUUGAUUAUUUGGAUUUGUACUUGGUUCACUUCCCUGUAGCCACAAAGCAUACUGGAGUUGGAACCACUGCAAGUGCAUUGGAUGAGGACGGUGUGCUGGAGAUUGACACAACAAUAUCCUUGGAGACCACCUGGCAUGCUAUGGAAGAUCUUGUUUCUAUGGGUUUAGUUCGCAGCAUUGGUAUCAGCAACUAUGAUGUCUUUCUAACAAGAGACUGCUUAGCGUAUUCCAAAAUCAAGCCUGCUGUGAACCAGAUCGAAACACAUCCUUACUUCCAGCGUGAUUCUCUCGUGAAGUUCUGUCAGAAGCAUGGAAUCUGUGUUACUGCUCAUACUCCUCUUGGAGGUGCUGCUGCUAACACUGAAUGGUUUGGUACAGUAUCUUGCCUGGAUGAUCCAAUUCUUAAGGGUAUUGCAGAGAAGUACAAAAAGUCUGCGGCACAAAUAGCUCUCCGAUGGGGGAUCCAGCGUAAUACAGUUGUCAUACCAAAGUCGUCCAAAGUUGAUAGAUUGAAGGAGAAUUUCCUUGUAUCUGACUUCAAUCUGACCGAGGAAGACAUGGAACAGAUUAAAAGCAUAGACCGCAAGUACCGGACCAAUCAGCCAGCCAAGUUCUGGGGAUUAGAUCUGUACGCUUGAGGCCCUACUAUGAAUCAGAGUUUAGGACAUGUUCAUGGGAGAUGGACUAUUUGCUAGCUGGUCAAAAACUUAGUACCACUUUGUAGAACUUGGCAAGAAAAUUACAAUAACAUUACAUGUUUAGCCUUGUAUUCAGCCUUUGAACAAGAGUAUAUGUCUUCAAUUUCAAAGUACAAUCAUAAAAUUGUCAAAAGACAUUUUUAAUUAAGUAAUUUUUGUUCAUAAAA